AUGGUAGCUUUUUCAAAGCCAAUUAAUGAGUUACCUUCGGCCAUACAGGCAGUUCUUAAUUCAAAUUCUAAUAAUGGCAACUCCCGAAUUAAUAAUAAAACAAAAGUAGCAGUUUCGAUAGCUGCUGUAUCAAUCGCUGCAUACAUCACGAAUUAUUUUUAUAAGAAACAGGCUGAGACAGCUCAAGUCAGACCUUCUUUUGCACGAGCUACUAGUAGCAAAGCUGAUUUAUAUGAUGGUCCCGUUCCUGGAAAUCAUAAAUAUACUUUGACUGUUCCUUAUAAGAAUCGUACCGCAAAAGUUACUAUUCGUCCGACUCCACCUGAAACUUUUAAAAAACAUAAAAAACUUUUUACUCCUUCUGAUAAUGUGAAUCAAAGGGUUGGUGUAAACAAGAUAUUUUUUGGACAACUAUCUGCCAUUUUUAAAAUAAUACUCCCAAAAGUUCGUUCAAAGGAAGUUAUUAUCUUGUUAUUACAUUCCAUAUUUUUGGUUUUAAGGUCAUGGUUAAGUAUAGUAGUAGCAAGACUGGAUGGGCGAAUUGUUAGAGAUUUGGUCGCAGCAAACGGUAAAGAAUUCCUUAAGGGAAUCGCAUAUUGGUUUCUCAUCGCUAUCCCUGCCACAUACACCAACAGCAUGAUCCGAUUUUUCCAAUCAAAAUUGUCUAUCGCUUUUCGAACGCGAUUGACAAGAUAUGCAAAUGAUCUUUAUUUGAAUGAUCAAAAUGCUUAUUACAAAGCUAUUAACUUAGAUAAUAGGAUUGAAGGAGCAGACCAGUUUAUUACAACCGAUAUUGCACGAUUUUGUGAUGGACUUGCUUCAUUGUAUUCAAAUCUGGGUAAACCAGUAUUGGAUACAGUUAUCUUUAAUUAUCAAUUAACAAAGAGUAUUGGUUUACUUGGAAUGUUGGGUUUAUUUGGAAAUUAUUUAGUAACAGCCUGGAUUCUAAGAAAAGUUACGCCAGCUUUUGGAAAGUUAGCAGCCAUUGAAGCGAAAUUGGAGGGAGAUUUCCGUGCAGCACACACUCGUUUAAUCACAAAUGCCGAAGAAAUUGCUUUUUAUCAUGGAGCUGAAUUAGAGCAUUCCAUUUUAGAACGCACAUAUAUUCGAUUAGUAAAACAUAUAAAUUCCAUUUUCAAAAUACGAAUUGCAUACAACAUGUUUGAAGAUUUUGUAAUUAAAUAUUGUUGGAGCGCUAUUGGACUUUUAGUGUGUUCUGUACCAGUAUUCUUUCCUGCUUAUGGCGGACAGGGGGGGAAAAUUGAAAUGCAAGGUGGCUCUAAAAAUCAUGGUAAAGAAAGAGAUCGGACUAAAGGCUUCAUUACAAAUAAGAGACUUAUGAUAACACUUGCCGAUGCUGGUGGUCGUAUGAUGUAUUCAUAUAAAGAACUUGCAGAACUUGCAGGUUAUACUUCCAGAGUCUAUAAUUUGCUUUCAGUCCUUCAUUCUUUGUAUGCUAGCGAGUAUGUUGCUACACCUCGCCCAGCAUCAUUCCCUGAAGAUCAAGAAUUCUAUUCACUUGAUGAUAUUCGCGGAGAAGUUGUAUAUGGCUACAAUGGUAUCAAAUUCGAAGGAGUUCCCAUUGUCACACCAAAUCCAGGAAACUCGAGGGGCGGAGAUGAAUUAAUAAAAGGAUUGAAUAUAGUAAUAAAUCCUGGUGAGCAUUUGUUGGUCACUGGACCUAAUGGAGUUGGAAAGACGAGCAUUGCAAGAGUUAUUUCUAAACUAUGGCCUGUUUUCCGUAAGUUCAUGUUGUUUCGUAUUUCAUGUUCUAAUCCUAUAUCCAGCCUUUCCAAUAAUUAUUCUCGUGAUAUCAUUCAAAAUUUAGGUGGUGUACUUUCACGUCCAAAUGUUGGAGAUAUUUUCUAUAUUCCUCAACGUCCAUAUCUCAGCAUAGGCACUCUUCGUGAUCAAAUAAUUUAUCCACAUUCUUAUAUGGACAUGAUUCGUGCCAAUCGAACAGAUGAGGAAUUAAUGGGUAUAUUACAUACCGUUCAUUUGGCUUAUAUUCCAGAACGUGAAGGUGGAUGGGAGACCAAGAAAGAAUGGAAAGAUGUUUUUUCUGGCGGUGAAAAGCAAAGGGUUGGUAUGGCAAGACUUUUCUACCAUAAUCCUCAAUUUGCGAUCCUUGAUGAAUGUACAAGUGCUGUUAGUUCUGAUGUUGAAGGAUUAAUGUAUCAACAUGCAAAGGACGUUGGUAUCACUCUUGUUACCAUAUCUCAUCGACCAUCUUUAUUCAAAUACCAUACACAUCUUUUACUUCUUAGUGGAGAUGAAGGUUCAUGGAAAUUUGAGACAAUUGGUACAAAAGAAGAGCGUAUGUCUUUAGAUAAUGAAGUUGCAGCAUUAGAAUCUAAGUUAAAAGAUGUAGAAUCUGAUAAAGCUAGAAUUGAAGAAAUUAAUAAGGAAUUACAAUUAGGAAUAUCAAAAGAUAAUACUAGUAACGUACAAAAACGUGGAUUAGUUGUAUAA